AUGGAUUAUUAUCAGUUUCUUCUUCUGCUGCUGUGGAGCUGCAGCUUCCUGCCAGAUCUGCAGCUCUGCUUCAACUUCGACACAAAGAACUUCAAGAUCUUCCGUGGUUCCAAAGAAAAACAGUUUGGGUACACAGUCCAGCAGCACGAGGCGGGAGGACGCCAGUGGUUGCUGGUUGGAGCUCCCUUUGAAUCCACAGGGAAGCAGCAGACUGGUGAUGUGUUCAGAUGUCCGCUGGACACCAGGAAGUCUGCAAACUGCACCAGACUGAACCUGGGGAAACUUUCUCUGGACUACGUGUCUGAGAGGAAGGACAACAUGAGGCUGGGAAUGACGCUGACCUCCAACCCAAAAGACAACAGCUUCGUGACCUGUGGUCCGCUCUGGUCUCAUGAAUGUGGAAGCUCCCUGUACAGCACAGGAAUCUGCUCCAAAGUCGGCCGAAACUUCAGACUGUCCCACACCAUCGCACCGGCCCUGCAGAGGUGUGAGACGUUGAUGGACAUUGUGAUUGUUCUGGAUGGUUCUAACUCCAUCUACCCAUGGUACGAGGUCCAGGACUUCCUCAUCACCAUCCUGCAGAAGUUCUACAUCGGCCCAGGUCAGACACAGGUGGGUGUGGUUCAGUAUGGCUCCACGGUGGUCCAUGAGUUUGGUCUGGGUGAGUACCAGACGGUGGAGGAGGUGGUGGAGGCCGCCAGGGGCAUCGACCAGCGUGGCGGCGAGGAGACAAGGACAGCUCUGGGCAUCAACGUGGCGCGGUCAGAGGCAUUCAAGCGUGGCGGUCGACCGGGCGCUCAGAAGGUGAUGAUCGUGAUCACAGACGGAGAGUCUCAUGACAGUCCACAGCUAGUGGAAGCCGUCGGAGACAGUGAGAAAGACAACGUCACCAUGUACGCCAUCGCUGUUCUGGGUUACUACAACCGUCGAGGAAUCAAUCCUGAAGCCUUUCUGAAGGAAAUCAAGUUCAUUGCUAGUGACCCGGAUGAGAAACACUUCUUUAACGUGUCAGACGAGUCGGCGCUGAAGGACAUCGUGGACGCGCUGGGAGAGAGAAUUUUCUCUCUGGAAGGAACCAGCACUCAAGGCCGAGGGUUUGGUCUGCAGAUGGCUCAGGCUGGUUUCUCCUCACAUUUAGUCAAAGACGGCGUUCUGCUCGGGGCUGUGGGCGCCUACGACUGGAACGGUGCCGUGCUGAAAGAGACCAAACACGGGAAAGUUGUUCCACCGAAAUCCUCCUAUAAGGACGAGUUUCCAGACGAGCUAAAGAACCACGGGGCCUAUCUGGGUUACUCGGUGGGUUCGCUCAUUUCGUCUCGCGGCUCUCAGCUGUACGUGGCCGGAGCUCCGAGGUUCAAUCACACUGGGAAGGUCAUCAUCUUCACCCUGAAGAACACCGGGAACCUGACCAUCCUGCAGGCACUGCUGGGAGAGCAGAUCGGCUCAUAUUUCGGCAGCGUGUUGUUAUCGAUGGACGUAGACAGCGACGGACAUACGGACGUCCUGGUAGUGGCAGCUCCCAUGUUUUACAGCCAGGGCUGGGAGAGAGGGAAGGUCUAUAUCUACACUGUCACACCACAGACGACAUUCAUCCUGCAGGGGGCGCUGGAGGUUUCCGACCACUCUCAGAACUCCCGGCUGGGCUCAGCGUUGGCGCAGAUACCCGACAUGAACGGGGACGGGUUCAGGGAGCUGGUGGUGGGAGCACCGCUGGAGGAUGAUCACCAGGGGGCGGUCUAUGUAUUUUAUGGCCAAGGCAAAACCAUCAAAUACCAGUACAGACAGCGUCUGUCUGCAGCCGGUUUUUCUGCAGGUUUGCAGUAUUUCGGUCAAAGUCUUCACGGUGUUCUGGACGUCAACGGAGACGGACUCGUCGACCUGGCAGUGGGAGCACUGGGAGCUGCUGUCAUUAUCUGGUCUCGUGGUGUCGUGCGGAUCCAGGCCAAGCUGACGUUUGAGCCCGAGAAGGUCAACAUCUUUAACAAAGACUGUCGGCGAGGAGGGAAGGAUGUCACCUGCAUGUCUGUUAUCGUGUGUCUGAGUCUGGACUCCAGGACAAAGACCAGGACGAAGACCAGGACGGAUGUUGCGGUUUGGUACAGUCUGGUGCUGGAUGAGAGGCGUUUUCCUCCUCGAGCUAUUCUGGACGAAUCAGACCGACAGCAGCCCAGGAGUGUGUUUAUGCAGGUUGGAGGUCAGACCUGCCAGCGCCUCAGCUUCUCCAUUCAGGAAACGACUGAUUAUGGACGUCCAAUUACGGUUGUUCUGGAGACGGGCUUGAAGAAUCCAGACGAGGGGCCGGUGUUGGACCCCGACUGGCCGAGCGUCCUGAGGGCCGAGCUUCCCUUCUGGAACGGCUGUGAGCAGGAAGACACCUGCGUUCCCGACCUCAUCCUCCACAGUCACACUGACCUCAUGGAUGUUCAGCAGUUCUGCAGCUCGAGGGACCGGGCCACCUGGUCUCUCUGCAGCCGCCAGGGGGCGUCAGAGGGCUCGGUGCACGUGGUGGAGACCGGGCGGAGGAGGAUGGUGGUGUUCGCUCGACUGGAGAAUCAGGGAGAGAAUGCUUAUGGUGCCACUGUAAACAUCUCCACCUCCUCCAACCUCGUCUUCUCUAGUCUCAUUGUCAAGGACCAAUCAGAUAUUCAGAUUGAGUGCUACUCCGAGGACAGACUGGCCAAUCAGAGAAGCUGUAACAUCAGCGCUCCAUUCAUGAAAUCUUUGUCUCAGGUGUCUUUCCAUCUUGAAUUCGGGUUCAGCCGAUCCGUUUUCUUGGAUCACGUCCGGGUCAUCAUGGCGACUAGCAGUGAGGGGGAAGAAGGAUAUCCAGACGACAACAUCAAUGACCUCUUCCUUCCUCUGAAGUACCAAACUGACCUCCUCUUCACCAGAGAUCCCAACCCUCCUCGUUUUGAAAUCAGAGCCGACAGCUCCUCCUCCUCCUCCUCUUCCUCCUGGGACCAACCAGGCAGCAGCUCUCCAACCUUUAACCUCACUUAUUAUAUCCAGAAUCUGGGCUUGCUAUCGGUGCAGGACGUCCUGUUCAGAGCGGAGAUCUGGGCUGUGACCAGGCGAGGGAACCAGCUGCUCAACCUUACUGACUACAGCAUUGAGCAGGUAUCUGGCUGUCACUGCAUGCUGCCUGAGCCCAGGACAACCAAUCGGAUUACAGCUGAGGACCUGUCCCUCCUCCCACAGCUGAACCACAGUAACAGUGUGAGUUUGGGGGUCCAGUGCAGACUGAACCUGCCGGCCUCCAGAGAGCUGAAGCUGACGCUCAGAGGAGGACUUCAUCUCCCCGCUCUACUCGCUGUGAGCUUCAGGUCCUUGGAGCUGCUGACUGCUGCUUCCAUCCAGCUGGACGCCUCAAGUCCCAUGUUCCUCCAGGAGGACAGACCUGUCAGACAGAUAAUCCUGGAGCUGAGGAAGGAGGAGGAUUACACCAUCCCCGUCUGGAUUAUACUGGGAAGCUCACUGGGAGGCCUGCUGCUGCUGGCUUUACUGGUGCUCGCCCUGUGGAAGCUCGGCUUCUUCAACAGGCGGAGGCGACAGGAAGAGGAGGAGCCUGUAGCCAACGGGAAGGCAGCAGAGGAGCUAUAA